UCAAAGAUCGAUUCCAAGUCAGCCUGACUCUUUAUUCACCCCUCGCACCCUCACCCUCUGCUCGCCUUCUACCAUCCGUUGAGCCUCACUGAGCCUUGCUGCGCCACGACCUGUCACCUAUAUAUCCUGGGGCAGAACAACUAUAUAUACUCCCUUCAAGCUCCAGCUCCACCAUCAAUCAUUCAGAACAAUCCACUCAAUCUGCUCUAUUUUCACUCUGCACAUCAAAAUGCCCAUCAAAGUCAACGACUCAAAUUCCGACCUGUCCAGCAAUGGCAGCAGCAGCAGUGACCAGGUGGUCGUCGUCCCCAAUUCACGAGGGUCCAAUUCCGGUCCGCGAAAAACACAGCUUCCCGUUAUCGUCCACAACGGCGGCGGUCAGACAUAUGAUGAGACGCGGCCGUCUGACUGGGAUAGACAGCGAUGGAAGUAGAGAGUUGCUCAACUCUCUUGCCCUCCCUGCUUAGCUGCUGGCAGCUCUGCGGACGGCCUGCUCGGUCUGGAGAGUACGGUGCUAGUUCCAGCUUCGUCGGCUUCCCUUCAUACAAAAGUGAGGCGAGAUCGACGGGUCCAGCGCCCGAAGUGGACUAGCGUCGGUCUAACCGCUUUUGUCGCUGGUGCUCGCUCUCUGGUUCGACUGACCGCAUUAUUUCCCCCUGUACAGUGAUUGUCAUGACCCUCAUUACUCGUUGCAAAGUGCCCAUUCUUGUGGUCUGCAGCGCAUUGCAUUGCAUUGUAUUUUAUGUUUGUCUCCCUUUCUUCUCUCAAGGCCAAGGGUCAGAGCACACGUGUUACCUCAGACUCUCAGGAGUCCGUCACCCCAGGUUCCGUUCUCCUGUCGCUUCCCCAACCUUGUUGUAUACUAAACUUCACCUUGCUUUUUUUCCCCUUCUUGUUCGGCAUAGCGUGGGUGGUUAUCUGUUUUCGUCUCUUUCUUGUCAUGUCGCUUCUUGAUUCGCUGGCCUGAUCUCGAUCACCUGGAAGGAGAUAAGACGC